AACAGCAGCCAACAAGGUGGCGCGAUUUACGAAAGUAGUUUGGCCUUGCAGGCUGGGUCGCGGAUUUGAGAUAUUUUAACUUUUUAAACAUUCUUUUAAAAAUUGAACUAAGAAAAAAUGGCAGACUGGAAAACACAAAUAAGCUACAAUUACAACCCGUCCUUCCAUGCUUAUGCCUACGGCCUCGUCUACCAGCCCGGACCCGAGCAGAACCACCCCGGCUGGGGCGACGCCGCCCCCGCCGAAUACAGCAACUUUUCCCCCGGGAUGACACAGGUCUACUACGCCGCCAGCGCCAGGACCCGCGAAGAGUCUCCGCCUCACAGUCCGGAGCAACACGUCGCCAACGGCCAUUGCCACUACCAGAGCUCCGCGGUCGUCUACUUCGGGGAAAGCCAAGCGAGCCGCCUCCUCCUGGCUGGACCCCACCGAGCUGUGUGUGAUACGCCGGCGGAGGAGAGCAGGAGGGCGGGGAGCGACUCCACCAGUGACUCAGAAGCUCACGCCUCACCAGAUUCAUGGAGUUUCGGCUGCAACCGAGAGGGAAGUCUCCCGCAGACAGAUCCCACCAAAUGGGCAAAGAAAGAACUCUGCGCCGAGGCAGACAGCAGGAGUCCGGACACCGGAGAUGUUUCCAGUUCGCUCAUGGGGGAGCCAUCGUCUUACACCAACAUUGGCAACCCGAGCUGUGACACCUUCCCUGUACAAGUGCCCUUAACCACACCGAAGAAAGGAAGCACUCCCAGCGAGAAGCCCAAAUGCAAGGUGCGCGCGGCCUUCUCGGAAAGCCAGAUGAACGCUCUAGUCCAGCGCUUCAGCGUGCAGAGAUACCUCACCCCAGCCGAGAUGAAGAACCUGGCUGAGCUGACGGGGCUUACCUACAAACAGGUGAAGACUUGGUUCCAAAACAGACGGAUGAAGCUGAGGAGGCACCAGAAGGACAGCUGGGUGUCAGAACGUUAUGCCAACAAGGGUCGCCGCUCAGCUUCAGUCAGCCACGGUCAACCUUAUCCUCCUGAGAGCGAAAGACCACCUGUGAAGGAGCGCUACACUCACCCCGUGGCGGACGCAGUCUUUAAGACGACCACCCCCCAGAACUUGUCCUUCUAUCUGGCCUCCAUGGGCAACACCAACGGGGCUGGUGCAGGUUACCCCUCCUGGAUUCCCGGGCAAGCUGCCAUGCCCACCGCCUGGUCCAUGCCUCCGGGCGUCAACCAAUACGAAUACAACCCCAACGGUUUCCACUCGACUGUUAACGUCGAGCCUGACGACCACUUUGAUGCCAAAGAUGGAGUAGACCCUGUUACCAGCAGAAUACUUUUAAAUAGUCACUGUACAUAAAAGCCAAGAGGAGGCACUGUUUACACGACCAUGUAAAAAUUCUGACUGUAAUUAGAUUUUUUUUUUUCAGAGUGGGUGUACAUUGUUCAAUAACUUUUUUUUUUUUUUGUACCACCAUGUUUUCUUUACACAACUACUUAGUACUUGUUAGUGUGUCCUUUUCUGCUUUGUAAUACAGCAUGUUUUUUUUUUUUUUAAGAGAUAGAUCCACACAGUUUUCUAUAAAAACACAGUAACUUGUAGAAUGGCUUGUCUAUCUUUUGGUAUUUUUAACUUUGUAAAUAUAGUACUGGUGACAUUUGCGGGAAAAAAAAAAGUUUAAAACCAAUCUUGAUGUCAGUGUCUUUUUUAUUUUAUGCCUUUGAUGCAGAUUUUUUAAAAUAUCUUAGUUUUUGGAGCUGCACAAAAAUGUAAACUUUGCUAUUUAACAAUUGGAUGAGUGUUUUUUACAGCCCUU